AUACUCUUAUAAAAUCAGAAAGAGCGUCAAUUCUAUAAGGAUUAUAGAACCGGUAUUUUUACCGUGGUUCAUAUCGUAUAGUAUAAUUGCGCUGAUGUAUGUUAGCAAUGUGGUAAAUAUUUGUUGUUUUGAUGAUUGAGAUCGAUUGUAGCUACGGUUUUUGGCUAUAAACUAAAAAAAAAAAAAAAAAAGAAUAGCGUUAUAUAAUUGUAAAAGGAAUUAGUGUAUUGUCAAUUUUUCACGUAGUGUUGAAAAGAUGGAGACGGGAGAUGAAAAUGAACACAACGUGCUUCAUGAAGUUCUAAAUGAAGAAGAAUUGACGCAAGUACCCGAGGUAAUUAAGAAAAAACUCGGUGUUUAUUUUAACACGAAAUUUGAGGAAUUCAUAACCGCCAAAGCGGUUUUUGAAAGUAAUCGCAAAAAUCUUGAACAAAGUUUAGAAAAUGUCCAAAAAGAAUUAGCAGAUACAAAAUCAAAUUUUGAUGAAUGUAAUGGAAAAUUAGAAUUGGCAGCAAAAUAUAGUACUGAGUUACAAAUUAACUUAGAUGAGGUAAAGAGUGAAGUACAAAAAUUACAAGAAUCCGUUAAAAGGUUAGAAAAAGAAAAUGGCGAUUUACGGAAACAAAGGGAUACUGCUGUGGAUGAGAGGGAUACGUUGCAAUUACAAGUGGAACGAAGAGAUUUUGAAGUUGAAAGAAUGCGUACUGAAUUAUCUUCGCUUGGAACUCAAUUACAAACUGCUGUUGCUGCUAAAUGUCAAGCUCUUGCAGAAGCAGAAGAAGUCCGUAGCCGUGACAUGACUUUGGAUUUUAAAGAAAAACGUUUGGAACAAGAGAGAACGCUUCUUUCUCAACAAAUAGUUGGUUUAGAAGAAGAAUUAAGCAAAAGAACGUCAGAAUUACAAGCAACUAGAGCUGAAGCAUCGGCACGAGCGCUUCUAACCGAUACUCGUUUAUCACAACGUGAUGAAGAGUUGCGAAUUGCUAAUGAAUCAUCAGCACAAUUGCGUGAAUCUUAUUCGUCACUGCAACGACGUUGUGAAGACCUCUCUCAAAAAUUGGAAGAACAACGAACACACGAAAUAUCUAUGCACUCUUCAUACCGGGAAGAAAUUGGAGCUCAAACUAGAUUGGCAGAUCUUUAUAAAGGAAUGGCAGAUGAAGCAAAUGCAAAAGCUGAAGAAUUUAUAAAUGCUGUUAAAGAACUUCAGGAAUUGUUAGAACAUGCUACUGAACAGUUUGGUCAAUUAGAAACAAAACAUAAUCAACUUCAGUUGCAACACAAUCAAGAUCUUCAGGAAAAAGAACAACAAAUUAUUGAACUUACUAAAGAAUUAGAAAAUGCGAACGAAUUAUUGAAAAAUAUUAAGCAAGAAAGAUUAGAUCAAGCCGUUGAACAAUUGGCACCAACAGCAGCUAUAGCUAGUAGAAUUUUAAAGAAAGGAUUAAGUCUUACACAAAUUUAUACACAAUUAGUUGAAGCAACUAAUGAAUUGACAACGGAACGCGAAGAAAAUGAACGUUUGAAAUCACAAAUGGAUGUUAUUCUACGUGAACUUGAAGAUAAAGCACCUGUAUUACAGCAACAGCGUGAAGAUUAUGAAACUGCCACAAAUCAUGUUACUACAUUGACAGCACGAUUAGAUGAACUUCUUGGAGAAAAUCAUCGUCUGCAGGAAACUGCGGAUGAAGCUAAUCGUAUAGCCAAACAUCAUACUAAAGAAAAUCAAAGAUUAAAAUCAGAACUUGCUGAUUUAGCUAGACAGGUAUGCUUCCUCCUUAAGGAAGUUCAAGAAAAUAGAGUUGGUAAUAGUAUACAUACAAAUGAAUUUUCAACUAUGAAUACAGAUGAUUUGGCCUCAUCACAAAUCAUUACUAAAAAGCUUGUAACAUUUAAAGAUAUUGAAGAAUUACAAGAAAAUAAUCAAAAAUUAUUAUCUAUCGUACGUACAUUAUCAUCGAGACAAGAAGAAAUGGAAAGGGCUACGGAUGAGAUUAAUUCUGGUGAAAUGAAAGAGAAAUUAGAUAGGUACUUGGAACAAUUGGCAGAUAUGCAAGCAGCUCAAGAUAGGCAAGCUAAAAUGUUGGAAGGUUUGCUAAGGCAACGUGAUAUGUAUAAAAAUAUGUAUCAACAAUGUUUGAAACAAUCUACUACAACAGAAAUGAAAGAACUUCCUAAUGAAGAAAAUAAAGAAUUAAAUACAAGCGCAAUAGAAAGCUUAAAUGACAAUGAUAAAUCUAAAGCUUCAGUAGAUAAUGAAAAAGAAAAAGAAUGGGAACGAAAAUAUAAUGAAAUUGAGAGUAAAUUAAAACAGAUUACGGACGAAUUUGAAAUAUACAGAAAAGAAAAGAUAGCGCAUGAACGAAUGUUGGGUGAAGAAGUUGAGAGACAUAGAAAAGAGGCAGACGCAAGUUCUGCUCGUUGUUGCAGAUUAAAAGCUCAAUUGGAUUCUGCAAACGAGCGUUUCCAACUUCUACAAGCGAAUGUUGCAUCUUAUAAAUCACAAAUAAAAGCAUUAGAAGAGAAAUGUUGUAAUUAUAAUAUUACUAUUGGCAAACACGAACAAAGUAUAAUGAUAUUAAAGGAUGAAGCUCUUUCUGCUCAAACUCAUUUGUCUCGUGCUGAGGUUCAAUUAGAAAAUCUACGUCAAGAAAGGCAAUUAUUGCGUGACUCUGAAGGGCGUCUUUUGAAGGAACGAGAAAUAUUCCAAAGAGAAAGACAAACGCAAGCUUUAUUAAGAGCAGAUGUAGAAUCAAUUAAAGCUUGUUUGGAACGUGUUCAAGCGGAAAAUCAAUUACGUGCCGAACAACGGUUGGAUGAUGCAACGAGAGAAUGUGCUGCUUUAAGACGACGUCUGCAAGAAGAACAGGAUCGAUUUAGAGAACUUUCAUCGCAUUUAGAAAAACAAUAUACUACAGCACAGGAACGUCUGAUAGAGGAAAGAGAAAUAACAGAACGAAUUCGUUCAGAAUUAGAACAAGCUCGCAAGGCAGAAACAGAAACUGCUCAAAAACUUGAGGAAGUCAAUACGAAAUUAAGAGAGACAGUUGCUCAUUCAAUAUCGAAACCUUUUACUAGCGAUGAAAAUAUGGGAAAAAGAUUGAAGGAGUUAGAAAUGCAAUUAGCUAAUAAUCAGGCAGAAGUAAAAUCUCUAACGGAGCAAUUAAGAACUUCGCGUCAACAGGGUCAGCAAUAUUGUGAUAUCGCUGAAAGUGCAGAGUCACAGCUUAGAGAAUUAACAGAACAACAUAAUAAAUGUAAAGAAGAAUUAGAAAAUGCACUAAAACAAUCUAGAGUUGAAGUUAUGUCACUUCAAAAACGAGUUAAAGAAUUGGGAGAUGAACUAGCAAAGAUAUCAAGUGGUCGUCAAGAAACUGAUUCCGAGUUGCGACAAAAGCUCGCAGAGGCUGAAAGGAAACUUGAAGAACUUGACGAAGUCAAAGGAGAAUUAGAGCUUGUUAAAAGUGAUUUACAGAAUGCUUCUACGACAGCAUUAGAAACUGAAGAAAAAUAUGCAAGAGAAAUGGUUUUGCAUUCGGUGGAUUUACAGGCAUUAGCAAAAUUAAAAGAGGAAGUACAAAAUGUAGAUCAGAAAAUGGCAACAUUGACACAAGAAAGAAAUGCAGCUGUUGAAGCUUUAGAAUUGGAAAGAUCUGGAUUUAAGGAGAGAGAGAAAAAGUUGCUUGAUGAGGUUCAAGAAACUCUAAAAAGGAUCGAAGACCUGGAUACACAAAAUUCUCUGUUACACGAUCAGAUUCAAGAGUUAAGCGACAAAACAGCUAUUAUGCAAAGUCAACAAGCAAAGGGAAGUGGUCGAGAGAGUCCUGAUACUAGUAUUGAGGCAAUGAAUCGUAGUUUCAGUAUUAUGGACGAAGAUUCUAAAUCUGCUGAACAAUUGCUUAAAGUUAUGAAAUAUUUGAGACGCGAGAAAGAUUUAGCCGUAGCUAAAUUCGACGUUCUCAGGGCAGAAAAUUUGAGACUAAAAUCUCAAGUAGAUGUGGCAGAGAAACGAUUGAAAGAGACUGAAACUGUUCUUAAUUCCGAAAGAGAAAAAUCAGAAAUUAAUGUGGUAACUACGUCUAAACAUGCCGAAUUAUUACGCAAAAUUGAAACAUUAAAUGCUAUAACUGAUUCUAAUAGAAUUUUGAGAGAAGAAAGAGAUAGUUUGACAGCAAAGGUCACGGAACUAAUGUCAAAGGUAACUGUACUUUCUGAAGAGUUAGUGCCACUUCGUGAUACAUCAAGAGAUUUGACAGCGAAGAAUGAGGCAUUAGUACAAGAAAAUACUGGGCUUAAAGGAGAAGCUACGAGAUGGAGACAAAGAGCUAACGCAUUAGUAGAAAGAGCUAACAAAGCUAGUCCUGAGGAUUGGCGUAGAUUACAAACUGAACGUGAAAGUCUAAGUAAAUUACUUACUUCUGAACGCGAAACACAUGCUAAACGUACAGAAGAAUUAAAUCAAUUGAAAAUAGAGAAAACAAAAUUAGAAGAACAAUUGUCUCAACUUCAGAAACAGGUGCAGGUACAAGGGGAACAAGUUUCCAAAAUUUCAGAGGAUGCACGCAAAUUGGGUCAAGAUUUAAACGAAGCACUUGCGGAUUCUUCUUCGAAAGCUAAAGAUCUAGCGACUUUAAAGAAAGAACUUGGCGAUAAGGAGGUGGUUUUGAACGAUAUUAAGAAUAAGGAAAUUCAAAUAAGAAAGAUCGCUAAAAAAUAUAAAACUCAAUUUGAGGAACUAGCUAAAACAGUUGAAGAAGAAAAAAACAGAUCGGAAGAAUCGCGAAUGUCUUCCGCUAAUACUGGUAAUGAAGAUGCUGGACAGGUAACACAGGAACGCGAAGACCAAUUACGAGAAGAGGGCCGACAAGAAUUACGCCAGGUGAAUGUUGAAUUAACAACGAAGAUCGAUGAGUUGACUCGUCAGAUGACAGUUGUUCAAAGUGAAGCAGAAACCCUCAAGAAAGAGAUAGAUACGAUGAAUAAGACUAGUGUAGAAAAGGAAGAGCGCGCUAAACAAGUACUAAAAGGUGCCAGAACAAAGAUCAUGCAGCUUACGGAAUCAAAGAAAAUGUGUGAAAAAGAAUUACUUGAUUUGAAAGCAAAGGUAGAAUCUGGAUCAAAUGAUUCGGAUACGUCGGAACAUGACGCUAGACUUGCUGCAUUGAAAUCUCAAAUGGAAGGAAGGAUAUCUCGCUUAGAACACGAGAAGACGGAAAUUCAAGCGGAAAAGGAAGCUCUAUUACAACGUAUUACACAAUUGCAGAGACAAUUAACAGGAGUUAGCGGGGUUAGUGCAACGACUGAACCUCCUACUGCUAAUAUUAAACCUAUGUCAGCUCGUGCAGAAACCCCUCUGGCAAGCAUUAGACCAAUGAGUGUAGUGGUUCAAUCUAGAACAGCAGCCGUGUUACCAACGACUGCAACUGCACCCGUUAUGGUUGCUCCACAUCAACAGCAACAACCCCAACAACAAAUAGUCCAUACAACUGAGACAAGUUCUCCCACAAGUAGCCUAACUGAUUUCCAACCAGCUAGCACAAGCAGCUCUUCACAGACUGCACCAAGUACAUUGCGUCAGCUUGUCGUUCAACCACAGUUGAGCGAAUCUGCCGAAUCGACUCAAAGAGAAGACGCAGAGAGUGCUGAAACUUUAAAUGUACAACAACAACAAUGUCAGCAACAACAACAGCAACAGCAGCAACAACAAACCGUGGCAUUAGUUAGUCCGCGAGUUGAACAACAGCAACAACAACAACAAGCAGUAGCCAGCGAUCAACAGCAAACAGUGGCUAGUAGUUCUACGCAAUCAGUUAGCACAUCCCAAGCGUCUACCGGUCAUAAACGUCCCAGGACACUUGAUUCCACUGCAACCGGAUCAGGAAUAAUAGAAGAUCACAGUAGGCAAGAACAAGUACUUAGUCCAAAAACCAAGAGGAGUAGACAACAAGAGUUAGGGUCAUCAGCAAGUGCUAGUAUUUCAGAAAUAGAAUAUCAGGUACCUACCUCUAGUCAACGUGAUCAAGAUGAAGAGGUUGAGGAAGGGUGUGUAGUAAUAGUAGAUUGUGACGAGGGGGAAGGAGGUGGAAAUAAUCAAGCGCAAGAAGAAGAAGAAUUCGAUAAUGAUCCGUAUGAAGAAAUGGAAGAGGAAGAUGAAAUGCCCUAUGAAGUUGAAGCAGAGGUAGAAAGAGAUAACAAUGAAGUUGAAAUUAUAAUGGAAGAAGAUUCAGCUAGCGCAGAGGUUCCGAGACAGGCUCAAGCGACGAUACCUGUAAAUCAACAACAACAACAAUCAGAAGCGAUUAGUAGUGCCGGACAAACCGGCGAACCACCAACUUCCUUUACGUCACGUUCGUCACGUGGUAUUGCACCGAUGCCUCGACAACAGCAACAACAACAUUUGCUUUUGCCACAACAAGGAUACGAAGAUGGAGGUGACGAUAGUAUAGUACCCAGUACGCCCACACUGUUUGUUCCUCGACGGGGUGACGGAUUUGGAGAAGCUGUGAGUUCACCUCAAGUACCUCAAGCACGAUUUACUUUUGGAGACUCGUCAGCAUCCGGUACAGCUUCUUCGACACCUUCGUUAACAACUACUACAGGAACUGUUACUCGAACAAUAUUUGGCUCAUUAAGUUCAGGAGCGGCUCAAGUAGUACAAGAAAGCAUAGAUGAUAGUAGGAUAGAUCUUGUUCAAUUAGAAGAUGGCGGUACUGGACGUAGCGUACCUACUACUCCUUUACAGGUUUCACCAGCUGCAGAUUUACCACCAUCUACUAGUAGUGGACCAUCGGAAGAACAAGAAACUCCCGUUUCUGUGACAACAGUACCGGUAAUAGGUGCAUCCGUGACCGACACUAACGAGGAAUCCACUAUUCCGAGUAUCCGUGUAGUUAGUGCGGAUCAACAACAACAACAGGGUCAAACGGAAGCUAUCACAGAAUCGAGUACAAUGCCAACUGAAGGAGUGAGUUCAGAAGGUGAAAAGCGGACAGAAGAAGCUGGAUCUUUAGUGCCCGGUGAUGACGAUGCCGUUGACACGGGAGAAGGAGUGGAAGAACCUGGAAGUGACAUAGUUGAAGACGAUACCGAGGAAGAAAGUAGAGAAGCGGAAGCAUCUCCUUCUAGUAAUACUCGUCAACGAACAAUGGCAGCUGCUGCAGCAGCUGCAGCUGCAACGGCUAAUGGUAACAGAGGUACACCACUUCGAAGAUCAGCACGAUCUCCGUUUCGUGCUCGCGGAGCAAGACCGACGCCUAUUGUCUGGGAAAGUCAAUCUGGGAGAGGACAAAAUGUAAUGCGUGGACAUGCAACACGAGGAACGAAUAAUGAAGGUGGAAGAGGUCGAGGUACUAGAGGACGUAGAUCAAUGCGUGGUAAGUAUCCAUACGCGCGCUUUUAACUUUACUAUAUAAGUCAGAUAUAAACAUACAUUCUCUUUUUACAUCCUUUGAAUGUAAAGUAUUAAUUUUAAGAAGUGCUUAUAAGAUAUCUUAUCUAGUUAUUGAAUACAAGAAAUAUAAGUGAACUUUAAAGAAUUAAGCAACAGUACAUCUUCGCAGAAAAUGUUUAUGAAAAUAUAUAUUUCAUAAGAUUAGGGUAUUAAAGCAU